AUGGGUUCAGUAGCCGAUUUUUCCAGCAGAUUUUUAGUGUUAACAUUUGUUUCGAACCGGCCAGGGCGCCGUCCGCCAACAUCGGAUUUUGCGCUUCUACUAGCACCGAACCUUGCGCCUUUCACCAACAACCGAGCGGCGCCUUCCAUAGCAACUCCGGGAUUAUUUGCUGCAGACGAAACCUUCAUCAACAAAUCACAAUAA